CUUCACACUACACAACCAAUCUCCUCUUCCUUGUACCAACAUCACCACUUCAAUUCAAUCCUGCAACGCCAAAAUAUGAAGGUAGACGUCCUAAAGACCAGCAUUGUGAGGCCAGCCGAUGAGGUGACGGGCAGCCGGCCUAGAAGCGCCCAACAUCAUCACCGGCUGUGGCUGUCCAACUUGGACCUCUUGCACGGCCGGAUCCACGUGCGCACGGUGUUCUUCUACAGACCCGGCGACGACACGUACUACAGCAGCAGCAGUCCGGCAUCGAAGGAGAGUUACUUCGAUGCCAGACUGCUGAAAGACGCGCUGAGCCAGGCGCUCGUAGCGUUCUACCCGUUCGCAGGGCGCCUGGCGAGGGACGAGAAGGGGAGGUUGGAGGUGCACUGCAAUGGCGAGGGUGUGAUGUUCAGGGAAGCUGAGGCCGACGUCUCGUUAGACGAGCUCGGCGAGUUCGAGCCUGGAGCAGAGCUUCUCAAGCUAUUGCCUAGCGUUGAUUACUCAGGAGGGAUCUCUUCUUACCCUUUAUUGCUUCUUCAGGUGACGAGAUUCAGAUGCGGCGGAGUAAGCCUCGGAAUCGGUACCCACCACAGCUUGGUCGACGGAGAAUCAGCCAUGAGCCUUAUCAACGCAUGGGCGAACACGGCUCGUGGCUUUCCCCCGGUCGUCUCGCCUUUCCUGGACCGCACCAUUCUUCGAGCAAGGAACCCACCGGCCCCAAAAUUUCACCACUCCGAGUACGAUCCAUCCCCGGUCCUGAUCAAUGGCACCCCAAACCGAACCGAAAAUCCAACCGCCAUGGCCGUCCUCACGUUCACACCCGACCAACUCAACGCUCUGAGAAAACAGGUCAACCCCAACCAAUACUCUAAAUCCAAGGCUGGCUACAGCACGUACCAGAUCCUGACGGCGCACAUUUGGCGCUGCGUGAGCAGAGCACGCGGCCUGGCUGACGACCAACCGACGAGGCUGCACAUGUCGGUUGAUGGCAGGUCCAGGCUGACGAACCCGCCGGUUCCUACGGGGUACUUUGGGAACAUGAUCUUCCAUGCUACUCCCACUGCAGUGGCUGGGGAGCUUGUUUCGGAGCCCAUCGUUCGAACCCUCGAGAGGAUCCGACGAGCGAUUGACAGGAUGGACGACGAGUACCUGAGGUCUGCUAUAGAUUACUUGGAGGACACUGAUGACCCGGCUAGUGUGAUGCAAGUUCCAGGGACCUGUCAAUCCCCUUUUACGUAUGCUGAUUUCGGGUGGGGGAAGCCGUUGUGCCCUGCAAAUUUAUUCAAAGGGAAAGGAAACCUUCUCUCCAGGAAUGCUGAUGGGAGUCUUUCCCUGGCGAUUUUCCUUGAGGAGGAUGCUAUGGUGGAAUUUCAGAAGCUGGUUCAUGAUGGUGGUAGUUGUUGAUGAUCAUUGCUGUAAGUACCAUGGUUUCAAACUUGUAAACCUCUAUUCCAAGGAAGUUUCAACCAUCUCCAUCAACGACAUCAGCUGCAGAGAGAGCAACAGCAUGAAAAAGAAUCGAACCCAACCAUGGAAUACAAUUGACAACAAGUGAUCUAUACUCCAAGGUCCAUCCACAAACUUACUACAUUAGCAAAUUAACAGCAUUAGAAAGAGUCAGAAGUAUUCCAUUCAACAAGCUCCAACACUACUCUGUCAAAAUAUCAUCACACGCAAGACUAAGCUGAACAGUCCUUUAUGAAAAAACUGUUAGAACAACAAGGCCCUCAGAUACCAUAGUACUGUUCAGUAGUAUCAUGAGUGCGGAUUAUGCUAAUGGCAGUUCAUAGAAGUCCUCUCGCACCACCACAAGACAUUGGAACAGUGUAUGUUGCUGGGAAAAGAGAUCGAUGAUGAUUAGGAGAUCGAUAGAUGGAUGGAUAGAUAGAUAUAUAGCUAGAGAGGCAGCAUGCCAGCAUCCAUGGCUGUGUUUGUUUCAUGAGAGAGAGAGAGAGAGAGAGAGAGAGAGCCAUGGUAGUGCAAAAGGACUAGCUAUGAACUGAACCAUGCAACCUCUCAUCAGUAAGUUACAUUAUCCAUCACUGGGCAAAAUUAACAUAUGAUUCUCAUUAGCAGAAGGUCAUUAGACCACCACCCUUGCUUCAAACAAGAAAGACAGGAAAAGGGGGCAAACCACAAUUCACUGCAAUUGGCUCAGAAGCUCACAAUCUCUAUCACCUUGAAACUAGUUCUCUAUUACCCAUUUCAGCACAUAUUCAAAGACGAAUCCUUUAGCAUGUUAACAAAGCAUGCAUUCAUUCCAUGGCAACAUAAAGCAAUACUACAACUGCAGAUCCACACUUUUUCCUAUUCAAAGAUACACCCUUUAACUUAAACCCAAUAAGCAAGAAGCUAAGAUCAUUCAAUUGGUGAAAAUUUCAAAACCAAACAUGCCCUCAGAUCCUUCCAAUCAAUGAGAAUUUUCAACUGAUGGAAAUUGCUUUUUCUCUUCUCACUUUUUAUACUUCCCCCAUUCGUGAAAACCACUGCAGCCACCAGCUAGGGUAAGGGCAGCUGCAGCCGCUAACAACAAGAAGAGGAACCAGUGGACAUGAUGAUGAUCAUAAUAAUAAAAAUAAUAAUAAUAAUGAUGGUAACAAUAGAAAUCAUGGCGCAUCGGAAGAGAAGAAGAAGAAGAGGAUUAGGGAAUGGGGGAGAGCUCAAGAGCAACCAUGCAAUCUCAUCAUUGGGCAGAUUUAGUGAAAAUAAACUAC